AUGUCAAAGUACCAGAAGCUAACAAACAACGAUUCAACGUCAACACUAACAGAUGAUGAAAGCUUUGCGAUAUUCCCCACCGAUGAUGAUGGCGAUGAUCGUCGUCUUCGUCACAACGAUGACAACAGCCAUUAUCAGGUGGAAGAUCUCAUUCAGUACAACGACACCGACACCAGGGAACGUAAUGCCAACAACAUGACCAACAAAAAUAGCAUCAGGCACCCCAACAACAACAAUGACAUAAAGCAUAUGAACGGAAUCAUCACCUAUCAGCACACAAAUAUUAAUGACAACGGAGAGAGAAGAGGUAGCGGCAAUUUAAUUAUAGCAGACCUCGACUUUGACGACAAUACAAUGGAAAUUCCACUGCUGCAACGCAGUCACGGCGAUGCUGGCAGCUGUGUCAACAACAACAACAAUCAUUUCGAAAGCUAUAUUAAGAAGGAUGAUUUGGAAUAUGGUUGCCUGUGCCAACAAAAAGGAUUUGCAUCCAACCUCAGCAGCAAUUCCACAAAGACCGCUAAAUCAAAAAUCCUCUGGGCCGUCGGUAUGUGUUGCAUAUUUAUGAUUGUUGAAUUCCUGGGUGGCUACAUUGCCGGAAGCUUAGCCAUUAUGACGGAUGCCGCACAUUUAGCAUCAGAUUGCAUUAGUUUCGUUAUUGGUCUGGUAGCAAUCUGCCUGGGCAGUAGACCACCGGAUGCAAAAAUGUCAUUUGGAUACAAACGCUUAGAGGUUAUGGGCGCGUUAGCAUCGAUCCUGGGUAUUUGGAUUCUAACCGCAACUCUGGUUUUGGUUGCCGUACAACGCAUCUAUGCCAACGACUACGACUUGGAUGCCAACACUAUGAUGGUCAUUUCUGGCAUUGGAAUUUUAAUUAAUAUCAUUAUGAUUUCUAUUUUACACACUUCGUCGACUGAAUUGCCGGAAGGUGGCAUAGGUGCGGCUCAUGGCCACAGUCAUAGUCACAACCAUGGCCACAAACAUAGCCAUAAUCACCAUCACGGUCAUAGCCAUAGUCAAAACACUUCACAGAUCCAUUCGCCGGAUUUGCAGCGACAUCAACACCGACACAGUCCUCUGGACUUGGAGCACUCAGAAGGGCCAGUAGAUGCAACAGACUCACACUUUUCCUCUGCCGUUGACAGUGCUGGAACAAUAUCGAUGGAGCAGAGGUCUGUGCCAUUGGAAAUGUGCCACGGAAAUGACUUGAAACACCAACAAGAUGGAAACGACAAGAAUCUAAAUUUGAGGGCAGCGAUGAUUCAUGCGAUUGGAGAUCUAGUUCAAAGUUCCGGAGUUUUCAUCGCAUCAAUAUUUAUAAAAAUAUAUCCAAAAGCCGAGAUUUUGGAUCCCUUAUGUACAAUACUUUUCUCUGCAAUUGUCAUAUUGACAACAGUAAAUCUAUUCAAGGAAUCGAUUUAUAUAUUAUUGGAUUCAGUACCAAAGGGUGUAUCAUUACACAAUCUCGAAAUGGAUUUACUCAAUAUCGAUGGAGUCAAAUCUGUGCAUCAUCUUAACGUCUGGAAUCAUACCUCCAAAUACAGUAUUUUAAUGGUUCACUUAGUCAUAGAUUUCCUAGCCGACAGCAACACGGUCCUAGUGAAGGCUACACAACUGGCCAGCAAUUCAAAGUACAAAGUUAAACAUAGCACCAUACAAAUAGAACGUGUUACCUCAUAAUUGCAGCUGAAUACAACACAAUGAGUACAAGAGU